AAUACAAACUAGUGGCCGCCAUGUUGGAUCUCUGCGGCCCGGAGGGACGUCCGGGUUGUAAACAGUAAAUGAUUGUACCGCCUGCUGGGCCGCUGACUGGACCGGACCUCAGCAGACAGCCAUGAGCCGCCCGUCCUCAGCCGGAGGAGGGGGGCUGGGGGCCGGUAAGGCAGGCGGGGGGAAGCACGGGGCCGCCGGUGUCCAGGCUACCGUCACCGGGUCAGGUUCGGUGGCUCCGUCCCCCGCCGGCUCCCUGCCCCCUUCUGCCGGGGUUCCCGGACCGGCCCCGGAGCUGACGGCUCUGUUCGAGUGCCCGGUGUGCUUCGACUACGUGCUGCCGCCCAUCCUGCAGUGCCAGGCGGGUCACCUGGUCUGCAACCAGUGCCGCCAGAAGCUGAGCUGCUGCCCGACCUGCCGCGGCCCGCUUAGCCCCAGCAUCCGGAACCUGGCCAUGGAGAGGGUGGCCUCCACGCUGCCCUUCCCCUGCAAGUACUCCUCCGCCGGCUGCCUGCUGUCUCUGCACCACAGUGAGAAACCAGAGCAUGAGGAGGUCUGCGAGUUCAGGCCCUACACCUGUCCCUGUCCGGGGGCCACCUGCAAGUGGGCCGGACCGCUGGAGGCCGUCAUGCCCCACCUGAUGCACGCUCACAAGUCCAUUACCACGCUGCAGGGGGAGGACAUCGUGUUCCUAGCGACGGACAUCAACCUGCCUGGCGCCGUGGACUGGGUCAUGAUGCAGUCGUGCUUCAGCCAUCACUUCAUGCUGGUUCUGGAGAAGCAGGAGAAGUACGAGGGUCACCAGCAGUUCUUCGCCGUGGUGCUGCUCAUCGGCACCAGGAAGCAGGCUGAGAACUUCGCCUACCGCCUGGAACUCAACGGGAACCGGCGUCGCCUCACCUGGGAGGCCACACCCCGCUCCAUCCACGACGGGGUGGCAGCCGCCAUCGUCAACAGCGACUGCCUGGUGUUCGAUACCUCCAUCGCUCACCUGUUCGCCGACAACGGGAACCUGGGCAUCAACGUCACCAUCUCCAUGUGCUGAGAGCGGUGGUGGAGCAGCUGGGCCCUGAGCAGGUCGGGCCCAUUCGGACCGUCUGGCUCGUGGCGGCGCUCGGGAGGAGAACUGUAACCUCUCUGAGGGGAGGAAGGGUUCUGCUGAGCAGAGCGAAUUCUUUGCAGGACGGGUUCCUGUGGCGCUUCUUCACACUUCCUGGAAGCUUCACUGCGUCUUCAGAACUCUGUUCAUCUGAGGAAUCUGGGUGACCUGGACCUUCAGCAGAUCUCUGACAGUCUCAGAUGGAUCUGCAGACACUAAAACUGCAACAUAAGGGUCCAUUAUAACCCACGUGUAAUGGUUCUGAACCGGUUUGUCUACUGAUUUAUAUGCUGACUUGUCCUGAAAACGAUGAUGUUAAAGUUAUCCAGCUCUCCUGUUGAAGAGGCCGUUGCUGGUUCUGAUGGUCCUGUUGAAUAUCUGAAUACUUUUCCUCCAGCUCUUCAUUCUGAAACCCAUUUGGGCUGAAGGAGACGGAACCGGUUCCGAAACGAGAAGUCAGGAUGUCAUUAGCUGACGUCAACGGUUCAGUCUGAUGGCAAACCAGUCCAGCUGAUAGAACCUUCUGAGUUUCAGCUGCUAAAGGUUUCCUGGACUGAAAUUAAGAAUGAAGAAAACAUCUUUCCAUGGACUUUAGUUUGGACACGUCACCAGAACCAGAACUUGUUCUCACAUGUAACAUUUUGAUAUAAAAAGGGCUGAACUUAAUCUCAAUAAUCCGUUUCUCAAGGGUUUGGUUCUUUAUAGGUGACAGAACCUUGUUGAUCCAAACAUCUGACUGGAUUCAGUCACAUUUCAAUAACCUCCUGAACAUCCCUACCAACCUGAAUCUCCAAGGCGAUGGAGGCGCUUCAGAGCGACCUUCAGAGUCUGUGUUCCUCCAUGUUUGCCAUCAGGCUUCAUGCUGAACUGAACCAGUUCCAGUCCCUCUAUUGGCCAGCAGGGGGCGACUCCUCUGACCAUGGUUAUAAAAUCAGCCAGCAUUCAAUCCCUAAACGAACUAAUGCUUUCCAUUUAAAUCGGCUUAAAAAGAAAAACAUCUGAAGCUCCUGAAAAGCUGCCAAAGUCCAAAUGAUAACCUUCAGGAACUCUGACCAAGGUGGAAGAUCUCAGGAAGUCUUCCACAACGAACAUCUUAAUUUUAGCAGAGCGGCUUAAAAGGAACAACAGAAGAAAAACUCAACAUUUAUGCAGAAACACAGUGGCAGCGUUGGUCCGGUAGAGGGAACCUACACCGCAGCAUUAGUUCAGUCUGACUGAAGGGGAACCCACACCAUGGCGUUGUUUCUGUCCAGGUGAGGGGACCCCAUACAGUGGCGUUGGUUCUGUCCACUUGAGGGGAACCCAUACAGUGGCGUUGGUUCUGUCCAGGUGAGGGGACCCCACACAGUGGCGUUGGUUCUGUCCACUUGAGGGGAACCCAUACAGUGGCGUUGGUUCUGUCCACUUGAGGGGAACCCA